ACGCGGACUCCACGUUUCCUAGGAAACGGAGACGGGGGUGGAGAAGAGUCUUCCUCUGCUCUUACGUCAUCACGUUAUGGUCCGGGCGGCCGGGGCGUGGGAGGGAGUCGGGCUCCGCCAAUCCGAGGUGAGAGUGAGGGAAGUGACACUGAUUGAGCGCCGUCCGUGUACUGUUUCCACUGUCCUCACAAGACUGCGCAUUUUGUAGAUGAGGAAACUUGUGGAAUCCCUCGAAAUUACACGGCCAACUCCCUCGGCCGCAACCUUCGGCCCCAGCUCCCGCUCCGUCCGGGCCAGCCCUUGGCCCCCUCCUUCCCGGUACUACGGAAAUUUGACGAACGGCCCAAACGCCAGGCCGCUGCUCCGAGAGACGCAGCGGUAACAGUAAGCGAGCCAGCCUGGGGUCGACCAAGCCGGACUACGGGGUCUCGAGCAGGACGCCCCCGUGCGCAUGCGCGGGCGGCGCAUGGGCGGAGCCUCGACCUUAGGCCCCGCCCAGUCACACGCGCUUCCUCUUCCGUCGGGAGGCGGGGCCGCGGCGCCAGCGGGAAAGCGGGUUCUCCGCUGCCCAGCGAGCUGAGCCUGCGGGAAUGGCAGGCUCGGGGAGCCUGGUCCUGAGGCCAUGGAUUCGAGAGCUGAUCCUGGGGUCAGAGUUACUCUCAAGUCCACGGGCCGGGCAGCUGCUGAAGGUACUGCAGGACGCCGAGGCCCCGGGCCCAUCCCGCGCCCCUAACGUGUCUGACGUCGAGACUACGCUGCUUGUGUCCGACGGGACCCACAGUGUCCGAUGCCUGGUGACGCGGGAGGCGCUGGACACCUCGGACUGGGAAGAGAAGGAAUUCGGAUUCCGCGGAGCCGAGGGCCGGCUGCUGCUGCUGCGGAACUGCAGGGUCUGCAUCCAGGUCUCGGAGGGCGGCAUGGUGAGUAGUAAGGCUGCCCUGGACGGGUUACUGCCCGUGCUCUCCUUCACAACUCCUGAGACCACCCCUGAACUCCUCCAGCCUGCGGAGUUUUACCUCCAGGUGAACCGCUUCAGCCUGCUGCCCACAGAGCAGCCCCGGGUGUGGGUGAUGGAUUGCCACCAGGACUCAGAUGUGCAGAAAAAGCUCUAUGACUGCCUUGAGGACCACCUUUCAGAGUGUACCUCUUCCAACACGGGCCUGUCCCUGUCUCAGCUUUUGGAUGAGGUGCAGGAGGACCAGGAGCAUCGGGGUGCGCUCGUUCGGUUGGCCGAGAGCUGCCUGGUGCUGGCAGGCCCCUGUGCAGCACCCUCUCUCACCCGCUGGGCUGCCUCACGCUGCAGGGCCCUGGAGGAAACCGUGUACACUGUCCCCAGCCUGUUGCUGCACAUCCCCGAGAAUGAGCAGCAAGUUCUGAGCUCUCUGGGCCCAGGUCAGAGGCCACAAGGCCUGCUGGUCCUCACAGCCUCUCAGCUGGUGCGAGUGGAGAGGGCUGGGCCUACAGCCAUUCCCUACUUCCCAGGGACACCUGUGUUACCCAACCACGUGCCAUCACACAAAGGUGAUACCAGCACCAGUCUUCAGCCUGCCCUGCCCUCGGCUACUCCAGACCCAGUGCAAGAGGACAACAGCCAGCCCCUGCCAGCCCACUGCUCAGCUGCUAGCCCCACACUUCUUCCCAGCUCCCCACCAUCCAGCCAAGCAGGCAGUUGCUCACUCCUGACCUGUACUCCCAGUCUCUCACCCCUUAGUCAUGUCCCCCUUCAACACCAGGCCCCUGUGACCAGGGCCCAGAAACCUAGCCUGGAGUUCAGGGAGCUAGGUCUGUCCACCAAGAACCAACAGCCUUCUCCAAGGAGCAGAUCCACCAAGGGGACCCAGGAGUCCUGUCCUGUGUGGGCUCCUCCAACAAGGCAUCGUGAUGGUUCUGCCUUCCAAUAUAAGUACCAGCCACCCUGUUCCUCCCUGUGUGCCCAGGUCCAAGCCACCAGGCUCCCUCCCCAGCUCAUGGCCUGGGCCUUGCACUUUCUGACAGAGCCCCAGCUGGAGUCCGAAGUAACCCAGGUGUGAGGGGAUCCUGCAGGCAGCCUGGGGGUGAACAGAAAGUGCCCCACACUCUGCUUCCUUUGCGUUUUUUAAUAAAAUAAUCUCAUGCGGCAGGAGAGGAGGGGAUUAGGGAUUGGGGCCGCCGCCUCUUUGGUCUGUGACUGGGGAGGGUGGACUCCGCUCAGGGCUGGAGGAGGGCUCCGGGGGCAGAGGCUCCGCUCUAAGGCCAGAUCCUGUGAGGGAAAAGGGGGAGAAGAAAGGUCAGGGCUGCUCUGAGCUGUCUGCCACCCUUCCCAGUCCUCUUACCUAGGCUUGGGGAUGGAGGGGCCUCCAGCUUGGGCCUGCGCUUGAGGACAGGGGAGCGCUGCAGCCGCAGGGGCCGUUCUGAGGGACACGGAAAGGCUUGGGUGUCUUCCAGGUGGCGGGUUCAGGCCCCUGGCCCCCUGGGCCGGGUCUGCACGAGGGGUCUGCAGAAAGAAGGCUGUGAGCAGGAGCCCGAUGUCCUCCUGCCUGUCCCCAACAUCCACAAUGGCGCUCACUCACCAGCAGACACAGAGUGGGUGCGGGACUUGAUGGAGAUGGGUGGGGCUUCUGUGGAACUGUCCAUAAUGUCACCUGCAAGGCAGGGCUGGGAACUCAGGCACCAGACCUUUGGGGUAAAGGGAAGAAAAACCUGGCCUCUUCCCCUCCUCCCCCAGGAAAGCAAGUGCCUUGGGGACUAUCUGUAAGGACACCCAUCUCCCCAUUGAUGUACCGUCCCACCCCACAGUCCCACUCACCAUCUGAGCCGGCCUUCUUGAUCUCACCAUCUUUGCUCUGUAGGAGACAGAAGAAUCAAACCCCAGCCCUGCUCUCCCAAACCCUUGUUUUAGGAAUUUUAAAAACAUCUACUUGUAGCCAGCACUGCGGCUCAAUAGGCUAAUCCUCCGCCUUGCGGUGCCGGCACAUUGGGUUCUAGUCCUGGUCGGGGUGCCGGAUUCUAUCCCGGUUGCCCCUCUUCCAGGCCAGCUCUCUGCUGUGGCCUGGGAGUGCAGUGGAGGAUGGCCCAAGUGCUUGGGCCCUGCACCCCAUGGGAGACCAGGAUAAGCACCUGGCUCCUGCCUUCGGAUCAGCGCGGUGUGCCGGCCAUUGGGGGGUGAACCAACGGCAAAGGAAGACCUUUCUGUCUCUACCUCUCUCACUGUCCACUCUGCCUGUCAAAAAAAUAACAAAAAAAGCAAAAAAAAAAAAAAAAAUCUACUUGUUUGAGAGAGAGAAUUUCCAUCAACUGGUUAACUCCCAAAUGCCUACAAUGACUGGGGCUGGGUUAGGCCAAAGCCAGGAAGUUAAUCCAGAUCUCGUGCGAGUGGCAGGACUACUUGAGCCUUCACCUGCUGCCUCCCAGUGCAUUAGCGAGAACCUGGGUCUGGGACUCAAACCUAAGCAUUCCAAUACUAGGGUGUGGUGUCCUAACUGGUAGCUUAACCACCGGACCAAAUGCUGCCCCUUUUCUUGUCCUCAUAAUCCAGCCACAGAAUGUCCACCAUGGGGUGCACAAGGCUAUGGCAAACGCAGUCUCAAGCCUGUUGGAGCUCAGGCUGGGUGCACGUUCAAAGAUGUGGAUAAUGCGGUCUCUGACACUCCGGAUGCGCUUCCCACACUUCAAUGUUUCUGAAUUGAGGCCAAGUCUUGCUUCAUGUUUUUCCUGAAAGCUGUUAAACUAGUAGUACAUAGGACUGUUGUCACUAAUGAGAACUACAUCAGUGACACUAGCAGGGUGGCCUGGGAAGGGAGUCAGAACCAGCCCAGAGAGCUGCAGGGGUGGCUAAGGCGGUGCCUGGUGUAAUGCAGGUGGCAGUGAGCCUGGAUGGAGGGAUGGGAGGAGGGUCUGGGAGGCAUCGAAGCAAGGUUAGGAGCUUGGUGGUGUGUUGAGAGGAAGUCCUGAAGGACUGGCUGUUCCAAGCACAGGUGGCAAGGUCAGUGCCAUCUGCAGAGAAAGGACUUCCUAGGUCCAAGGAGGAGAUACCAGGGCACACACCAAAGGAAAAACAGUUUGAUGACCUUUGAGUGGGGAGGGGAGGGGAUGAGCUGGAUUAAUUAGACCUAUCUGCCGUGAGUCUCCUCCCACCUGGUCACAUAUGUCACACUCAGACUGCCACAUGCCCCCUCAACUCACUUGCUUU